GUCCAUACGAGUCCCCUAAACGUUGUCCUCUUCGGGGAAACUGGCUCAGGCAAAAGCUCUAUUAUCAAUAUGCUUUUAGGCCGACAAGCAGCGGACACGUCUAGUCGAGCCAAAGGGUGCACUUUCAGCUGGGAAUGCUACAACGUUGGGAUAGGUGGCGAAACAUACGGUGUCUACGAUACUGCUGGCUUAGACGAGGGGGAACAAGGCACGAUCGCCGCCGAUGACGCGAUUGUGCAGCUUUACAAGCUUCUGACGAAGCUCGAGGACGGUAUCAGCCUCAUUAUUUUCGUGAUGCGUGGCCCGCGCAUUAAGAAGUCGACUUGCAACAACUGGCGUAUCUUCCAUGACGUUCUCUGUGAGAAGAAGGUCAGGGGUGGAAUCAUCGUAACUGGCCUUGAGCAGGAGGAGAGGAUGGACGAUUGGUGGCCGGCGAACAAGGAAUAUUUCCACGACUACGAUAUCAACCCGUUCGGCGUCGCUGGGAUCACGACAAUCCGGGGCAAGGUGAAGGGAGGCCGAUACAUUUUCCAAGAAGAGUACGACGAGUCGAUGCUCAAAGUCAAGAAGCUGAUCAGAGACUACGCGAUGUCAACGCCACAUCACGUUGACAAGAUCGCUUGGUUCGCGGAUAUAAUUCUCUUUGGAUGCUUUCGGGUGACUACGAAGGACACCGCUGAGAUCAAACGUCUGGCAGAUCGGUGCGGAAUGUCAUAUGAGGAGGCGAGGCAACUUGCGGUCAAGCUCAGGGGUAGCAAGCGUAUGGGCCUUUUUGAGUGGCUAGUGUCUUCGAGUUAG